AUGUCAACCCAGCCACUUACAACCAUUGGCAUGGAGAACAAAAACAACAGACGUGGUGCCUGUGACCGGUGCCGCGGACAGAAGCUAAGAUGUGUCGGCGCUGCAGAUCCCAUCGUCAUCUCCGGCAGUCGCUUUCAACGUAAUCAGACUCCCUGUGAACGUUGUAAAAGGGCCAAGGUCGACUGCUACAGCGUUAGACCUGUUUCCAGACGCCCGGGAUCCGGCUUUGACCACAGCGAUGAGCGUCAAGCCAACGGGUCUCAAGCAAACGGUAUUGGACCAACACCGCAACGAUCAAAAUGCACUGCAACCAACCCUGCGGGUGUAAACCAUCGAAUUCCCGAGCCGAUCCCAGUCGCCGAACCUCAGCCAAGAUACGACAGCACGUCCCGAGAUGGUCUCGAUUUAAACAUAUCAACAAUGCUACCAGCCAACUCUGCUGAAUGGGCAAUGUAUACACAGGAUGAAGACCACGAUAUGGAGGUCCAAGAGUUGGACUUAGCGACCCCUGUCUGGAUGCUUGAGCAACAGAGGACCACUGGGCAGAAUGCUUGUUCCGAUAAGUCGUACAGGGACAGCGAGCUCGAUCUGAUAUCGAGCAAGGCCGGUUGGAAGGAAUUUAAUUCCAAUCAAGGUGACUUCGGCCCAAUAGAUUACCAAACUCGGAACUUCGCCAAUCUUUCACGGCAAUCUAUGUUUGAAUCGAACGAAUACGAGCGUUCUAGGAACCACAAACAAGCGCCAUCAAAGCCCACCAACACCCCCUCUGAGCCAUCGACAAAAACUUAUAUCCAAGAACUGGCGAAAUUCAAUGAGAUGCUCCUCCGCGAAAAGGGAUCUUACGAAGAUGCGGCACCCGGCCCGGCCCAGCAACGAUCAGUAGGCCAAACGCUGCAUCAUUGCCAGCAUUUCUUGUCCAUAUUGAGGCGGCUCCGCCCAUCCUCUUACAACCCAGAUUCAAAUGAAUUUGCUUCAGAAUGGUCUUAUAGCACCGAAGAGGGGAGGUUAGAGGACACCCCAUAUGCGCCGUCUUCGUCGCGACAGAGCGCUCAAAACGACACACCGUCCACUGCAUCUUCUAUUGACUCUCCUCUUGAGGUUUCUACACUUUUAUCAAUUCUUUCUUGCUACACGUAUAUUCUUCAGUCAUAUGAAUCAUUGUUCACUCCAAUCCUGGACUCCGUCACGAGCUCAACACCCACAAUUCCGCCGACGUUGGCUGGUCUCCACCUCGACGGAUUUGAGUUAGAUGGCUACAACAGCCUCCAACUAGAAUGCCUCCUCACAAUCAGUCUGAGUUUACUAGAAAGAAUAGACUUCAUCCUGACUGGCGUGCCUGGUGGACAUACAGACCAGCAUCAUGGCGGAGGACUCCUUGGCAACAAACUAUUCAGUGGCUUGCUUGAAGCAUUACAUGAUCAAAACGGGCCAAAUUCUUUGAAAAGCCCUGGUAAUGGAAAACGAGAAGUGAAAGCAAAACGGUUGAUUCGGGAUAUUCAAGCAAGCUUGAGACGGCUGGAUCAGUAA